AAAUGGUAUACGGGAGUGACUUUUAAUAUUAGUUACAGCAUAAUUAAAUUAGUAAUGCAAAAUAAAAUGUCAAUAUAGUAAAUUUUGCUUUUGCUUGAUGUCUGCCUGGUUGAUAAAAGAUUAUUAUCGGAUUACUGUUUCUCAUUAAAGUUUGGUAAAAGAAAGAUUAUUUUUCAAUAACAGCAGACAUCCUUUGCGUUUUACAAAAAAUCGUCGCAUCAAAGCAGUGCAACUCAUAAAGUGUUUUGUUUUAGGAAUGAUGUGAGAAGAUGAUUGAUUCAAGACCAAAUGUUAGAAAAUAAUAAGGAACGUCUUACGAGGGAAAUCAUCAGGAUGAUGACAUCAGAAGAAUCGGACUCCCAGAGCACAAUAAUAUCGGAGACACACAAUGAAGAUGUUUCAGCCUCGGGCACCGAAGACGCACCGUCGUCCAUGGUGUCCGAGAGCGAAGCGGAGUCCGAAGGCAGCGUGCUGUCGGAGGCGCGACACGAGGCUGAGCCGUUCACUUUCUUCAGUGACGCCAGCAAUGAGAUGCUUGGUUCCGUGCACGAGAGGCCAUUGCACCCAUUCACUGACUGGAGAUCAUUGUCUGCCUCCGGAGGGUGUGCUGGUUAUGUAAAUACUAGAGGCUCAAUGCUCCCUUGGGGAGGACAUAAGGGGCCAGUGCCGCCUGCUGACAACGACCUCCGCCCUGGCGAGUUCGUUAUGAGGUUGCUCUUCACAGAGUUUACUGUGCAGGCUGAAAGGAAGAUGGAAGCUGUAAUGGCUGAACCACUGGAAAAGCCGCUAGCCAAAACCCUGCAACGUGGUGAAGAUCCUCAGUUGGACCAGAUACUGCAGGCGUUCGGCACAGUUGCUGAACAUUGCUUGCCUUCCUUACUGCGCGCACUCUUCGGGUGGCUGGAGCGGCAGAUGGCUGAUUCACCUCAACUUAGUGAGCAAGCAAAGAAACCCCACCAAGACCUUAGAAAUAAAAGUAGUAUUAUCUACAUAGUGUCGGGCAGCGGCGCCGGCACCGAGACGGUGGAGCGCAGCAGCGAGGAGCUGCAGGCGGAGCGGCGGGACCUGGCCGUGGAGUUCUUGUUCUGCCUGGCGCUCAUCGAGGUGUUGAAGCAGCUGCCCUUCCACCCCGGACACGAGGACCUCGUGCAGUACAUCGAGAAUGUGGCCUUCAAGCGAUUUAACUACAAAGAAGGGUUGCAGUCAAAUCCUAACGCUGCUAACGUGCACUUGAUAGCAGACUUGUACGCCGAGGUGGUGGCAGUACUAGCGCAGUCCCGAUUCGCGUCUGUCAAGAAGCGCUUCACAGCUGAACUAAAGGAGUUAAAAAGCCGUGAGCCAUCUCCACAUACAACGCAAAGCAUCAUCUCGUUGCUGAUGGGUAUGAAGUUCUUUCGCGUCAAGAUGGUGCCCAUCGAGGAGUUCGAGGCUUCCUUCCAGUUCCUGCAGGAGUGCGCGCACUACUUCCUCGAGGUCAAGGAUAAAGAUAUCCGACAUGCAUUGGCUGGACUCUUUGUGGAGAUCCUCGUGCCCGUGGCCGCUACCGUUAAGAACGAAGUGAACGUCCCGUGUUUGAAGAACUUUGUGGAGAUGCUGUACAGCCACACUCUGGACGCCAGCACCAAGUCCAAGCACCGGCUGGCUCUGUUCCCGCUCGUCACCUGCCUCCUGUGUGUGUCGCAGAAGCAGUUCUUCCUUGCUAACUGGCAUUGUUUCCUUGCCAUGUGUCUGUCACACCUGAAGAACAGAGACCCCAAGAUGUGCAGGGUAGCCUUAGAGUCUUUGUAUAGACUGCUGUGGGUGUACAUGAUACGCAUCAAGUGCGAGAGUAACUCGGCCACGCAGUCGAGGCUGCAGAGUAUUGUCAACUCACUGUUCCCCAAGGGUUCCAAGGGAGUGGUGCCUCGCGACAUGCCGCUCAACAUAUUUGUCAAGAUUAUACAGUUCAUUGCACAAGAGCGCCUCGAUUUCGCCAUGCGAGAAAUUGUCUUUGAUCUGCUCAUGGUCGGAAGGCCGAUCAAAAUUAUUCUGACGCCUGAGAGAAUGUCAAUUGGCCUCAGAGCGUUCUUAGUGGUAGCGGACAGCUUGCAGCAGAAAGAAGGGGAGCCUCCGAUGCCGAGGACGUCGGGGACACUGCCCUCGGGGAACACACUGCGUGUAAAGAAAACUUUCUUGAAUAAGAUGCUGACUGACGAGACUGCACGGUCUAUCGGCAUGAGUCCGUAUUUCCCGUACGUGCGGCGGGUACUGGUCGAGAUCUUGCGAGCACUGGACGCGCACUACGGCAGACCUCUCAUGCUCACUAAUACACAAAACGUGACUAAAGAACAGGAGAUUAACACGGGAGAGAGGAAGCCGCGGAUUGAUCUCUUCCGGACUUGCGUUGCAGCCAUACCAAGACUGAUUCCCGAAGGUAUGAGCUCAAGCGAACUGGUGGACCUGUUGAGCCGACUGACCGUGCACAUGGAUGAAGAGUUACGGGGACUCUCCUUCCAGAGUCUACAGACCCUCAUUGUAGACUUCCCAGAGUGGCGCCAGGAUGUACUCGCUGGUUUCACUCAGUUCCUAGCCAAAGAAGUUCAGGACACGUCCCCGCAACUGGUGGAGAACGGGCUCCGUAUGCUGCUGCAGCUGCUGACGAGCUGGAAGAACGGCGAGCCGACCGCCAGCAGCGUGCCGACCAAGCAGGAGCCGCUCGCGUCCGUCAUCCGCGGCGCGGAGGCGCUGGGGCUGGUGAUGCUGUGCCAGUGUAAGGCGUACCCUCGCCGCCUCGCCGUCCACGUGCUCAGGGAGGCCAAGUACUUGCUGGAGAAGCUGCAACUGACCCGCGACGAGCCGGCUCUGAUCGACGCGGCAGACGCGCACACCGCGCUUCUCGCCGAGAAAUGUCUGCCGCUCCUCCCUCAGGCGGAGAAGACGGCCAUAGCUCUGGCUGGCCAGGUCGACCUCAUCUGGCUUGCUGAGAGGACCCACGCAGUUUGGACAUCUGGCAUUCAACAUGAUGAGACAUCCAGCAAGAACAGCUGGAGCGGCAGCGCGGCCAAUGGCGCCGACCCUUGGGAGGUGGUGCUGUUCGGUCUGCUGACGCGCAGCCGCGUGCCGGCGCGCUGCCCGUCCACCAUCCUGCAGGCGUGGCCCAUACUACACGCCAGGAUCCACGCGCUCUUCACCAUCAUUGAACCCGCGCCAGUGAAUGAUAACAGAGCCUCUCUGUUAUCUCGAGGACCCGCGCUGCCCAGGAAGCCUGAGAAAGAGCGAGACGGCUACAUGCAAGUGUGGAAGUACUACAUGACGAUGGCGUACCUGGUGGUGCCGGCGGUACCGAGCCCCGUCAUCCGCUGCGCCAGCCCCGACCUCAGCCUCAGUAGCACUGAGGCGGAGGGCUGGGCCGGCCUGGCCGCGCUGAGCUCGUCCAGCGAGAGCCUCAACGCGCCCGGCGGCUUCUUCACGCUGCCCUUGAGCUAUGCGCGAGCGCACAGACAACACAAACGAACGAGCUCGUCACCGGACUCACUGAGCGAACGCAGCGGUGGGGAGGGACGCGGUGCGCAAGCGGCUCCGAGCUCGCUGCACAAGCUGGCAGUGCCGCUGGCGCGCUGCGAGGUGCCCGAGGUGCGGGACGCCGCCGUGGCCGCCUGCGGCAACAUAAACCCGGAUGCACUCAAAGAUCUGAUGGAAGAGCUGCUCCCCCUCCUCCGGGAAGCUGUGGAUCGUAAACAAGAGAACAUGCGCCGGCGCCGACGUCGCGAUGCACUCCGUUUGCAUUUGAACAAAAUGUUGCUGCUAAUUGCUCAGAAGAAAACUUUCGCAAACAGUGCUUUUGCCCUGGAAGCCGGCAGCUUGCACCCGACUCUGACGGAGUACCUGGAUGGCGUGCGGCAGUGCCUUGAGGUGGAGGCCGAGAAGGACGCGCCCGCCGCCCGCGAGCAACGCAUUACAUUCGCAGACUUCGUCACUGAACUCAUCAAGAGCUUCCCACUAGAGAUGUACGGGUCGCUGAUAAAGAAGGAGCUGCUGCGCAACCUGUUCGCUUUGUUCGCGGGCUGGUGCGGCCCUCUCGCCCGCCACCUUGGCUCGCUCGUGCCCCAGCCGCAGCAGCUCGAGAACGACGACCGGCUCAACCUCUCCGCGCUAAAGGCUAUGAGCGCCGUCGUAUGCUGUGGUCGUUGCUUCGACCCCUCGGCGCUGGCUGAGGACGGUUCACUAUACCCGUGGCUCAGGGAGAUGCUAUCCUCGCCUAACGAUAAGAUAUACGAGCUGGCUCGCGAGACUAUUGUUCUGCUCCUUGACUGCAACCCCGACAUCGGUCCAGUGCUGGACUGGACCGUGGACGCUUGCUUCACCGGCUCCACACGCGUCGCCGACGGGUGCUUUAUGGCACUCGCUACUCUAUUCAGUGCACGGGAGUACCCGUGCGACCACUACACCGCUAUCAUCAACGUCACGCUGAUGUGCACGGGCUGCCCGCGCGCGCCGGUGCACGAGAGCGCGCUGCAGCUGCUGCAACUGCUCGACAAGCGGUUCUUCGGCACCGUCGGCCCUCUACCCGCCGACGACGAUUCCGCUUCGGACAAGGGCCGCGGCACGUUGGACGCGCUGCUGUGCACCACCUACUGCCGCUCCCAGCUGUACCUGUCGCGGCAACUCUCGCAACUGCACCCGGAGCUCACCAUGCCAAUGUUCUCAGAGAUCACGGCGCGGUUCCAGACGGCGCGCACGGAGGUGCGGCAGCUGCUGCUGCAGUACUUGCUGCCGUGGCUGGUCAACAUCGAGCUGGUCGACCCCAACGUGCCGCCCGCCAACCCCCUCUCCUACAUACAGUACUAUGCUUCGGAGGCGGGCCGCAGCGGGCGGCGCGAAGGACUUGGCUCGGCUGAAGCCACUGAAAUGGUGCUCAACAAUCUCUUCUACAUUACUGCUAAGUUCUCGGACAACCACCCGAAAGAGAUCGAGGAGCUGUGGUCGACGCUGUGCGCGUGCUGGCCCAACAACCUGAAGGUCAUCAUCCGCUACCUGAUCAUCGUGUCCGGCAUGGCGCCCAACGAGCUGCUGCCCUACGCAAAGCGCGUGGUGCUGUACCUGGCGCGGUCGCGGCCGGAGCGACUGCUCGACGAGAUGAUGACAGAGCUGCAGACGGUGGAGACCCUCAACUGCCUCAUCGAGCGCACGGAGACGCCGCCCUUCUACCGACUCACGUCCAUGCGCAAGGCAACCUCUGGUCACAGCGACGGACCUUGCACUGGCUCACAGGACGCCACCGGGCGCACUGGGGAGUUGGCUCCCGUAGAAAAGGGUACCAUCCACACCAAGAGACACAGCGGCGAGGAUCCUGCUAAAGCCAGCGGUGCCAAGGCUCCGGAGACGCCAAGCGCGCGAGCACAAGACAAGCGCGCGUCAGCGCCGGCCUGUUCCACUCCACCGGCUGACGAAGAACCUCCACCACCUUCUGAUGGGGAUGCCACUCCGACUGCCCUAUGUCCUGAGUCGGGGCUAAUGCCAGUCCCGGGCAGCGCGCCAGCCACGCCGCAGGAGACACGCAUGGACGUGCCACAGCCGCGACCUCUGCCUAUGCCCGAGUACGGUGGCUUCUUCGCCCUGCUCACCGAGUACCUGCCCGACACCACACAACCCAUCUCCGGAUUCCACAGGUGCAACGUGGCGGUGAUGCUGCUAUGCGACGUGGUGCUGGACGGCGUCGAGCUGGACUGGUCCAUCCACGUGCCGCUCAUGUUGCACAUUGUCUUCCUCGGCAUGGACCACACCAGGUGGAUAGUGCACCAGCACUGCCGGCAGCUGUUACUGAACCUGCUGGUGGCGGUGGCGGCGCACCACGACCACCUGACGGUGGCGCGCGUGCUGCUGGCCAGCCGCUCGCAGCAGCUCGGCCUCGGCGUGCCGCAGCCCGCGCUGCCGCUCGUGCCGCACAACUUUACCGAGCCCGACGCAGCCUUCGACAGAUACCCGCAGUGCGGCCACUCGCCGCGGUCACACGCGCGCUCACUCAGCUCCGACCCACAGGUCACACCAGAGGGUGAGUGUGACAACUAUCCGUCACUGCCCGUGAUAGUAACAGGUGAGGCGGAGACGGAGCCGGCGGCCACCGAGCCCGCGGCCGAGGCCGAACCGGCGGAGCUGCCGGUGGCUGACGUCAUCAAGUCCCUCGUCCACUUCCUCGCCAACCGGCCCACGCUCAUGCCGCUGUGGCAGUACGAAGACAUCACUGCUAAAGUGUGGACCCUGCGCAGCUGCCAGCAGAUGUCGACGCUGCUGCGGCACGUGCUGCGCGUGUUCCGCGAGUCGCUGCCGCACGCGCUCAUCUCGGAGCGCUGGGCGCAGACGGCGCUGCAGCUGGGGCUGUCGUGCCCGUCCCGACACUACGCCGGCCGCUCGCUGCAGGUGUUCCGCUUCAUCGGCGUGGCCAUGACGGGGCGCAUGGUGUCCGACAUCCUGUCCCGCCUGGUGGAGACGGUGGCGGAGCAGGGCGAGGACAUGCAGGGCUACGUCACUGAGCUGCUGCUCACGCUGGAGGCUGCCGUCGACUCGCUCGAGUCCAACUUCAGGCCGCUCGACUACAUGAGGGACAUCUUCAAGUCUACACCGAACCUGAACAAUAAAGACGGAGGGCAGCCGAACAACGGGAGCCCCUACACCGCUGGCAAGCGGUCCCCGGGCGUGUGUGUGGGCUGCGUGACGAACCACACGCGCAGCACCAGCUACUCGGUGUCCUACUGCCUGCGCAAGAACAACGCGCCGCCGCCCAACAACGACAAGCAGGCGCACGUGGAGCGUGCCCGCCCGUGCAGUGAGGCGGCCAAAGGCGUGUGUUCCAACCUCUGCCGGUCUCGUUCUGCACAGUCCCUCAAACUACUCGGCGACAGCGCUACACAGCUCCCCGGUGCGUUGUUGCAGGACGACAAGUUGACGAUCCUGGCGACACUGUUCUGGGUGGGCGCGUCGCUGCUGGAGUCGGACUACGAGCACGAGUUCCUGCUGGGCGUGCGUCUGCUGGCGCGCGUCAUGUCGCGCCUGCCGCUCGACCGCCCCGACGCGCGCGAGCGCCUCGAUCGCACGCAAGCGCACGCCUCGCCCUCGCCUUCACUACACGCGCUGUUGCUCAAGGGUUGCACGCACCCCAACACGUACGAGCCGGUGGUGGGCGUGCUGGUGGACAUGAUCCCACUGCUGGAGCUGCCGGUCAUCGACCCCACGCAGUCGCUGGCGUUCCCCAUGACAGUGGUGGCGCUGCUGCCCUACAUGCUGCUACACUAUGAAGACGCCAACGAACUCUGCGUACGCGCAGCAUGUCACAUAGCACAGUUCACAGCGGAGAAGAGCAAGAAGUUGGAGAACCUGGGCACGGUGAUGACGCUGUACUCGCGGCGCACGUUCAGCAAGGAGAGCUUCCAGUGGACCAAGUGCGUGGUCAAGUACCUGUGGGACACCUACUCGCAUCUGUCGCAGCAGAUGCUCGCCUUCCUCGUCGAGGUUCUUGAGAAGGGGUCGGCCAACCUGCAGCUGCCGGUGCUGUCGAUCGUGCACUGCAUGCUGUACUACGUGGACCUGAACGCGCCCGCCGCGCAGCCCGUCAACACCGACCUGCUGCGAGCCGUCGCCAAGUUCAUCGACGUCACCGUGCAAGACAGCAACAACUACAAAGAGGCUAUGAAGAUUCUAAAGCUGGUGGUGACGCGGUGCUCCACCCUCGUGGUGCCUCCGUACUGGGACAACAACGCUUCGUCUAUACUCGAUACGGAGCUACACGGCAAGAAGGAGUUACCAGGCCGCACUAUGGACUUCACGUUCGACCUCUCACAAACCCCUGUGAUAGGUCGGAAGUAUCUCCCUAAAGCCGGCAGCCAGCCUGCCACGGGCCCCAGCUCGCUAUCCAACGCGUCCACCGCCACGCCUGACAAGGGUUCGUCGACGUCGCAGUCGGGGUCCGCGUCGACGGUGGUGGGUCCCGAGACCGGCGGCGGCAACAACAGCACGCAGCCGCAGAGCGCCGCCUCGCCGCGCCGCUCGCUCUCACUCUCUCCCGCCGACGCCGUCGCCUCGGGCUGGAAGCGGCCCUGGAUGUCACAGGGUCGCGUUCGAGAGUGCCUAGUAAACCUGCUGACGACAUGCGGACAGCGCGUCGGUCUACCCAAAAGUCCCUCUGUGAUAUUCAGCCAAAGCUCGGAGUUACUGGAGCGAGAAUCCUCCAUGGCUUCGUCCCUAGAGGAGGUGUCGGGCACUCCGGGCAAUGAGCCGUCCGGAGGUGCGCACCCCACCGACCACUUCGGAGUCUUUAAGGAUUUCGACUUCCUAGAGUACGAGAGUGAAAGUAUCGAGGGCGAGAGCUCGGACAACUUCAACUGGGGCGUGCGCCGGCGGCUGCCCAGCGAGGAGCGCGACGAGGCCGGCGCCGUGGAGCGCAGCCCGCCGCUGCAGCAGCCGCGCCCGCCCGACGCGCACGUCGCCCCCAAGCCGAGCACGCACGAAGACUCUUCUGACGAAGAGGGAGGCUGGGAUGACGGUGCGAGUGGCUCGCGCGGCGAGGGAGACGCGGGAGUCUCGCAUGAACUGGUACUGCGCCCGCGCACACACUCCUACUCCAGUGCGUCGAGCGGAGAACCCGAUGGCGACCGCGGCGACGUGACGCCGGUGCCGAGCGCGACGUGCGCGGUGCGCGACGCGUGGCGCGCGUCCGUGGCCGCGCUGCUGCGGCACGCCGCCGCGCUGCCGCCGCUCGCGCUCGUCCACCGCCUGCAUACCGUGCUCAAGGAGGUGACGAUGAAGACGGUGUCGCUGUGCGCGGAGAGCGCGGCGCCGGCGGGCGGCGAGCUGGCGGGCGUGCUGGGCGGCGUGCUGGAGCGCGCGGGCGCCGAGGAGCCGCCGCUGCUGUGGGCCGGGCCCGCCGCCGCCGACUGCGCGCGCGUGCGCGACGCCGUGCGCUACGCCGCGCUCGAGAUGCACGAGCACCUCGACACCUACUUCGACCGUCGCGAGCACGCACUCGAAGUACUGGAGCUUGCGCGUAGCUCGGCGGAAGAAGUGGCUCGCUCGCUGUACCGGCUGAUCUUCCAACUGCUGCUGCUGCUGGAGACCAACAACAAGAUGAUCGUGGCGGUGUACACGGCGGCACUGGAUAACAAGGGCGUGGAGAUGAGCGGCGCGGUGUGCGCGGUGCGCAGCCAGCUGACGGCGAGCGCGGCGGACGCGGCCGACGCGUGGGCCGAGCACUCGCCCGCGCCGCACGACGACGCGCGCCUGCUGCACCUCAUUCACAGGCAGAAGUGGGGGGCAGCACUGGCGCUAGUGCGCGAGCGCAAUGCGGAGCGUAUUCUCGAGAGAGGAGAGCUCCCCGAGGAUGACGUCACGACUCUACUACACGUCUACUGCAGAGGCCUGGCUCAGGCGCAUCCAGAUAUGGUGGCCAUCACGCGGCCCGUGCACGAGCUGUCGCAGAACCUCUCCUUCAUGAUGGAGAGCCUCUACAAGGUGUCGGUGGCGCUGCAGCGGCAGGAGUACGGCUGAGCACUCGCCUACUCGUCACUACGCGUUUUCGUCGUCGGCCUUAUAAUACUAAUAUAUUAAACUACAUGUACUGAAACAUUCACAAUAAUAAUAUACAUCUAGCGAAUGUUUCGUCAACUUCAUUCUAGCACAGAUAUACCCAAAUAAAAGAAUAUAGUAUAAUUAUAUCAUGUAUCAAAGUAUAUGUAAUGUAACAAAGUGCAUCGCGGCCAGUACCUGUACCAUGAGUUUGAAGCAAUAGUAUUUGUCGAUAGUCGCUAGCGACGAAGUAAAUUUUUUGUAUGUCAAAUUUUACAACGGCAUCCUGAGGAACUAAAAUACGCCAUAAAAAAAUUACAUCAUCGCUAGCGACUAUCAUCACAUACUAUUGCUUCAAACUCAUGGAAGAGGUACAGAUUACUGUUUAGUUAACCAUGUACAUUAUACUGUAUUUGUUAAUUCUAUUUGUUUCGCGUUUGUUGUGUUCUAUUGAGCGAAUCAUUAAAUGACGAGCACGCUUUAAAUAAUAACUUUCUUUCGUGGUGCCCCGGCUACCACCGUGACGUGCCACUUGUCAGGGACUCCUGCGAUAACCAGCAAACCAGCGUGGUCUUAUACCACGCUGCAGCGCUCUACGGUAGGUCCUGUAUCUACACAGUUAUAACUUAACGUAAUCCAAGUCAACACUAAUGUGGAUACCUCAAUCCUAAUUGUUUUGUUUCACUUCUUCAUUUAUGACUAUUUUCAUGUAUAAAUAUUAUGUAUAUCGAGAAACAGUUAGUUUAGGUGAUGUUAGGUCCCUGAUCAAGAGAAUAGAGACAUGUGAUCAAGUUGAAUAUGUCUUUUGUUAGGUGUACGAAUUUAAGAUCGAGGCAAGGUGAGGCCAAGCAGCGCCUUGCCAGUAGGUAAUCACAGGUUAACCCACAACUACAAAGAGCUUAUUAUUAUUGUAUUUGCUAUUUAGCUUACGUAUAUUUAGGAGUAGUUCUCAUAUCACAUGUUGUUGCGUCAGGUUUCCGACGGCGAGACGGAUUUAUAAACCACACUAAUAGUUUGUAAAGUCGGUAUACUAAUUGUGAACGUACUAAGUUUUCAAGAUAACUGAUCUCAGAUAGUUUAAUAUUGUAGGACGGCCACACGUAGCGCUUCACUUAGUUUCGUGUUGUUCCUAACAACUGCAUAUUUGUAUUAUUUUUCAUGAAUCAUUUUUUGUGAUAUGUUUGCUUUUGUAAUAAUAUAUUAAUGACAAUAUUUAUUUCUUAGUUUUUACAUUGUAGCUACGGUCGACUUUGUUUGUGUUAGAUUUUGGAAAUGAUAUAAAGGACUGCAUUAUUUUAACUUAGAUUACUUUGUUAUGGUUUGUUCUUGACAAGAUUUUGAUAAAUUUUACCAAAAUGAUUGAAUUCAAACAGUCCAUACGUUUAUCUAACAUAAACAGGGUCUAGAUAAAUUAUAAUUAUAAUAUUAUGUACUAAUAAUGUUCGUAACCAUUGUAAAAUGUAUUGAAUUGAAAUAAAUGAAUACAAACUAA